AUGGCUCUGUCACAGAUGAGGCCAUUAAUCUUGCGGCCACUACCCCGCAGACGCACGGUAACCACCCUCUCAGGCCCCCAUAAGCUGGCUAUCAUCGACGACUACCUCAACACCUCAGCCCCGCACUUCGCGCAUAUACCCCCCGCCAGCCUGCAGAUAAGCACAUUCAAGGACACAAUCGUGCCACACAACGACGCCGAGACCGCCCGCCUGGUCGAGCGCCUCCAGCCUUACACCCUCAUCUCGAGCGUGCGCGAGCGCACCGCCUUCCCGGGCUCGUUGCUCCGCAGGCUGCCCAACCUAAAGGUCCUUCUCGCGACGGGGACGCAGUUCGAGGCGUUCGACCUCGCCGCCGCGCGCCAGCUCGGCAUCGCCGUCGUCGCGGCCCCGGGGCGCGGCCGCACCGACGUCCGCGGCGAGCAGCGCCCGGACAUCCGCAAGGGUGGCGCGCACCCGACCACCCAGCACGCGUGGGCGCUCCUGCUGGCGCUGGCGCGCAAUGUCGCCGUCGAUGACGCCGCGAUCAAAGCUUCUGGGGCCGAUGCCGGGCUGUCAGGCGGUGCGGGGCUGGCGUGGCAGAGUGGCCUGGCGACAGGCUUGACCGGCCUGACCCUCGGCCUCGUUGGGCUGGGCCGGCUGGGCGCGGCGGUGGCGCGCAUCGGGCACCUCGCGUGGGGCAUGCGCGUCGUGUGCUGGAGCGAGAACCUCACGCAGGACAAGGCCGAUAGAAUGGCUGUCCAGGUCGGGCUUUCUCCCGAUGAGGGGCCCGGUGGCACAAAGACGUUCCUGGCGAUGGACAAGGCGGGGCUAUUCGGCAGCGCGGACGCCGUGAGCCUCCACUACGUCCUGAGCGAGCGGUCCCGCGGAAUCGUUGGUGCCCGGGAACUCGGGCUGAUGAAGCCAUCGGCAUUGCUUGUCAACACGUCGCGCGGCCCGUUGAUUGACCAGGCUGCGCUUGUGGACGCAUUGGAGAAGGGCAGGAUUCGUGGUGCGGCGAUGGAUGUCUUUGAUGUGGAGCCGCUGCCGCGCGACAGUCCCUGGAGGAGGGCUGGUUACUGGGGCAGGGACGGGCGUUCACAGGUCUUGACGACGCCACAUAUGGGCUAUGUCAACGAGGACCUGAUGAACGCGUGGUAUGCUGAGACUGCUGAGAAUGUAGAGCGAUGGCUUGAUGGGCGUGAGCUUCUUCAUAGCAUUGCUUGA